AUGCAAAGUGUCUUCGCCGGCUACAAUGCCAGGCAGUCCGUCCUCCAUGCCAGCACCAACCCAUAUGCCAAAGGUAUCGCAUGGAUCGAAGGCGAAUACGUUCCUCUCGCCGAAGCCCGCAUCCCCCUUCUCGACCAAGGCUUCAUGCACAGCGACUUAACAUACGAUGUCCCCUCAGUCUGGGAUGGGCGCUUCUUCCGCCUAGAUGACCAUCUUACUCGACUAGAGGUCAGCUGUGGCAAACUACGCUUGAAGGCGCCGCUUCCGCGCGAAGAAGUGAAGCGGAUUCUUGUCGAGAUGGUCGCGAAGAGUGGCAUCCGCGAUGCGUUUGUCGAGUUGAUCGUCACGCGUGGACUCAAGGGCGUUAGAGGGACCGAUCCGAAAGACAUUGUUAACCGACUGUACAUGUUCGUGCAACCUUACGUAUGGGUUAUGGAACCCGAGAUCCAGUCUGUUGGUGGGGGCGCUGUUAUUGCUCGCACCGUGCGCCGAGUUCCUCCUGGCGCGAUCGACCCGACUGUGAAGAACCUGCAAUGGGGAGAUCUUGUGCGCGGGCUUUUCGAAGCAGCCGAUCGGGGUGCUACGUACCCAUUCCUGACAGACGGAGAUGCCAACUUGACAGAAGGCUCGGGAUUCAACGUUGUCUUGGUCAAGGAUGGUGUCUUGUAUACGCCUGACCGCGGCGUGCUGCAGGGAAUCACCCGGAAGAGCGUAAUUGAUGUGGCGCGCGCUUCUGGGUUGGAGGUUCGCGUUGAGACGGUCCCUGUGGAGUUGGCCUACCAGGCAGAUGAGAUCUUCAUGUCGACUACCGCUGGAGGAAUCAUGCCUAUUACCUCGCUGGAUGGAAAGCCGGUUAACGGGGGGUCAGUGGGACCGAUAACCAAGGCGAUUUGGGAUGGAUACUGGAAGAUCCACUACGACGACAAUUUUAGCUUCCAGAUUGACUAUGAUGGAGCGCAGAGGAAUGGGGUGGGUUCAGCUGGAAAGCUGUAA